UCAAAUAUACAAAAACCAAAAAGUAUUUAAAAAAAAAAAAAAAAAAAAGGGCUGGAACCCAUUAUUUCUACCAUCUUUUUCUACCUUACAAACCCAACAAAGUGUAUAAAUAAUAUUGUUUCUCAUCUCUUUCAAAUCCACCAAACAUGGACAACAAAGUUUCUGUAGAAGGUGAAGGAAGCAUUUAUCUUCAUGUCGCUGAGCUUAACAGGCUUAGUGAAACUUGCAGUGCAGGAACAACUAUGUUUGAACCAAGAAGCAGUAGUAUAUCGAAAAAAGAUAGCAACACGAACUAUGAUUCACAGGAAACACCAUCAUCGCCCAUGGAUCGUGCUUCAGAGAAGAAGCUGACGCUGUUUGCUCUUAGGCUUGCUGUUCUUGAGAAAGCAGCAACAGGGCUUGGAACUCUCGGGUUUAUCUGGGCCACAGUUGUUCUUCUCGGCGGUUUCGCUAUUACAUUAGACAAAACCGAUUUCUGGUUCAUCACAAUUAUAUUAUUGAUUGAAGGGACUAGGAUUUUCAGCAGAAGUCAUGAGCUUGAAUGGCAACACCAAGCAACAUGGUCGAUCACAGAUGUGGGAAUCAACAGCUUUCGGGCUUUGAGAUCGAGCUCAAACUUCCUAAUUGGAAGCAUUAAAGCAAUUUUCAAGCCAAUUUUUUCAAUUGGGAAAAGGAGGCAACAGAGCAGAGAAAUAGCGGAAACUUGUGAUGCAAGAAAUGGAGCAGAUUGGGAUCGACAAAGGAAGCCGACAAGAAGGUGGACAAGUUCAGAAGUCCCUCUUCUACCAUAUGCUAAAUGGGUUUUCAUCUCAAGGCAUAUCAGUCGGAUUCUGUAUUGGCUUCAGCUUUUGUCAGCAACAGCUUGUGUGGUACUUUCAUCAAUGAGGAUCAUCAAGCACAAUUUUGGUGAGGUAGAAAAAGGAGACACUGACAAGAGGAAUAGGCAAUCUGCUCUCUACAUUUUCUAUGCCUUGGCCUUGGCUGAAGCUCUGUUGUUUCUGAUGGAGAAAGCUUAUUGGGAAUGGAAGGUGACCUACUGUAAAUUGUUGGAUGAGGUAAAUAGGGAAUGUGAGCUGGGGCCUUCUGGUAUGGUUUCAAUUAGGAGGUUUUUCUAUGAUGCUUAUUCAAGAUGUAUUAAUGGUAGCAUUUUUGAUGGCUUGAAAAUGGAUAUGGUUACUUUUGCUAUGGAACUCCUGGCUUCGAAUUCCCCGGAUGAGCAGCUUAUUGGAGCAAGAAUUCUUCGCCAAUUCGCAGCGAGUCAUAGGUAUUCUGAUGAUACCCUGCAGAAGAUUGGAGUAACAUUUCCAGUGAUUGAAAGAUUGGUUGAGAUGUUGAAUUGGACAGAUCCACAAGAAGAAGAGAUCAGAAGAUCAGCUGCAGAGAUAUUGUCAAAACUAGCCGGAAAGAAGCAGAACUCUCUUCGAGUUGCUGGAAUACCAGGUGCUAUGGAAUCAAUAUCAUCUCUGCUCCAAACCAACCGUAGCUCUGGCGGUGCAGCAGAUGAAAUCGGUGAAAAGAAAAUCAUAUUUGAUCAUCCAAAUUAUGGGUUCUGGACAUUUAAUCAUUUAGGACUCCUUAUUCUGAAGAAACUUGCCAGAGAUCAUGAUAACUGUGGAAAGAUUGGAAAUACAAGAGGACUCCUGCCGAAAAUCAUAGACUUCACACAUGCCGGAGAGAGGCUGCUGAAAGAUGCAAAUGUCACGGCAUCUCAGAUUCUGACAGUGAAACGUUCUCUGCAACUCGUGAAGAUGCUUGUGAGCACAACAGGCACCACAGGAAAACAUCUCAGAAGAGAGAUUUCAGAGAUAGUUUUCACCAUUAGCUACAUCAGAGAUAUUCUAAGGUAUGGAGAGAAACAUCCAAUGUUGCAAAAACUGGGAAUUGAAAUCUUAACAAGUCUGGCAUUGGAAGAAGAUGCAACCGAGAGGAUUGGCGGUACAGGGGGAGUUCUUAAGGAGCUGUUCAAUAUUUUCUUCAGACAGGAAUUGCCUGUGAGUCAUAACGAAGUAAGAACUGCAGCCGGAGAAGCGCUGGCUAUGCUGGUAUUAGAAAGCAAGAACAAUUGCAAUCGUAUCUUGAAGCUGGAUGUAAUAGAUAGGCUCAUUGUAGCUCUGGAGGUUCCAUUGCUCCGAGUGAAUGCAGCAAGGAUGUUGAGAAAUAUGUGCACUUACAGUGCAGGAGACAGAUUCAACCAGCUAAACGGAGUCACAGUUGCAGCACCAACAGCUCUUAAAGCAAUCAUGACAGAACAGAACAAACUACAAGAAGUAAUGGUCGGCUUAGCAGCACACAUCUUCAAAUUCAUGACUCCUCAAGAGUCGAGCCUAAUGUUUGAGAGAGCUGGAAUAACAGAAGCUGAAUUGGCUAAUGAAUUAGUCCAAAUUCUGAGGAAGUACCAACAUCCACCCAUUAAAGUUCCAAGAAUAAGGAGGUUUGCUAUAGAGUUGGCAAUCUGGAUGAUGAGAGACAAAGAAUCAAACAUUCGAAUUUUCAAUGAUUUGGGGAUGGAAAAAGAGCUGGAGGGCGUUUUAGAGAGCACAGCAGAGAUUGAAAGCUUCAACAUGUUCUCUGGUACUGUCGGAAUGAGCCGGCAUAGCACAACAAUUCACUCUCUGGUAGAAACUGCAUUGAAUCUGCUAGUGGUAGUGUAAAAUCAUGCAAAUAUUGUAUUGAUUUUGCUUAAGAUAAACAUACAUACAAAUUUAUUUUGUAAUUUGUAAAUAUGCUUGCAUAAAGACUUAAAUAUUCUUUUUUCUCAUAAGUAGUAAGUAUGCAUUUGUAACCAAGUUAUGAUGAUAAUUAACGUAAAAAUUAUUGAAUCUAUGGCA